AUGAAAGUGUUUCAGAAAGUGGUAUUAAUGGAGUCAUGCCUUAUAUCACGCCUGAAAGUAGUAUUAAUGGAGUCAUGCCUUAUAUUACUCCUGAAAGUUCAUUAGAUCAAGAGCUUACAACUGAUGCUAAUGAAGCAAUUAUUUUGGAUGAUCUU